AUAACUAAUGCCACCUGAUAUCAUAUAACAAUUAAUGGAAUCAAGAAACAAUAUGAUUCUCUUCUGCUAAACAAACCUCUUUUGAUGCACGUCUCACGAACACACGGCAAGUCCAAAACAACUACUCUCAUCUUGGAUUUCUGCUACAGUAACGCUCAGAAGAGGUACGUGGCGUUGGCGGUGGAACACGCGGCACACAUCAGACUGUUACAGCCCGCCACGUUUUAACAUGCUUGUUCCCCCCUCUUCCACACCUUCCGGUUCGGAGUCACUCGUGAGAAGACCAUCGUGAAGCUCCACUGGUUUCAGAGAGAGAGAGAUGGGGUCAGAGACGUUCUUGGAAGUCAUCUUGGCCAUCUUGUUACCACCUGUGGGAGUCUUCCUGCGAUAUGGCUGUGGUGUGGAGUUCUGGAUCGACCUGCUGUUGACGAUACUGGGUUACAUACCAGGAAUAAUUUACGCCAUAUAUGUGUUGGUAGGAUAGUGAUGCAUGUAGAUGGAAUGUAGAUGGAGGAGGGAUCAUUACAUAGUAGUAGUGGCAGCAAGAAGACGACAUGAAGAUGUUUCGUGGAUAAACGAUGAUCUACUCUCACUUUUUUUUAUAAUAAAGCUUGUUUUUUCUUUUGUUUUUCGCAA